UAGUGAGUGAUUACAUACAUAGUACAUACUCAAUUACUCUUUGUCCACAAGCUUGAAAUCAGGAGAGUAAAUAAAAAAGUAAAGCGAGUUGUUGUAGCCAUCUAAUAUGGUAAACGUUUAAUAUAACAAAACUAUUCAUAUAUUUUCAGAUCAGUGCUUAAAAUUAACUAGGAUGCAUUAAAUGCAUUCACUGUCAUAAAACAAACACUGCAAGAUGGAUAAACACGCCUUGCACCCUAUAAUACGUAAUGCUGAAAACCUUACAGAACCUAAGGAGGAAAUGUUGGAUGAUCUUUACGCAGCUGAUGAAUGUAAUAGUGAAAAUGACUUGUUUACAAUUAUACCCAGUGAACCAAACCCAUUGAAAUCCACUGGUAACAAAGAUGACCAACCGAAUACCUCGAAAUCCACUGAUUGUAACAAGGAAAAGACAUCAGUGGCACAUGGCAGCAAGUGCAACCAACAAAAAAUGCUCGGUCGUCAGGCUACAUUUACACGACAACUUCGCAUAGUUCUGCACAAUUUAAUGACUAACACAACACAAUCUGACAAUGCUGUUUGUAGUGGUAUAAAGGACGAACAGAAUAUAUCGAAACACACUGACUUUGGUAACAAACAUGACCAACUGAAUGCACCAAUAUCCACUGGUUGUGGUACCCAAGAUGAUCAACCAAGUACAUCCAAAUCUGAUGAUUGUGGUAACAAAGAUGACCAACCGAAUACCUCAAAAUCCACUGAUUGUGACAAGGUAAAGGCAUCAGUGACACAUGGCAGCAAGUGCAACCAACAAAAAAUGCUCGGUUGUCAGGCUACAUUUACACGACAACUUCGCAUAGUUCUGCACGAUUUUAUGACUGACACAACACAAUCUGACAAUGCUUUUUGUAGUGGUAAAAAGGACCAACAGAAUACAUCAAAAUUCAGUGAUUGUGGUAACCAAGACGUACAACUGAAUACAUUGAAAUCCACUGAAUAUGGUAAUAAAGAUUACCAACCCAGUACACUGAUAUCUAGUGACUAUGGUAACACGAAAAAGCCAUCAGCUGCACAGGGCAGCAGAUGCAAGAAACAAAAACUGUUUGGUUGUGAUCUUUGCCAGGCUAAAUUUACACAAAAGACUCGUUUAACAAGGCACAUGUGGAGUCAUACUGGUGAAAAACCUUUUCCUUGCAACAUUUGCGAGAAGAAAUUUGGACGAAAACACCAGUUAGUGGCCCAUACUAUGAGCAAGCACUCUGUCGAUAAGCCUUUCAUAUGUCCGCAUUGCCAGUACAAAUUCGUAACCCAAAGUAAGUUGACAAUCCACAUGAGGACUCACACUGGAGAGAAACCACACUCUUGUCACCUGUGUGAUAAAAAAUUUUCUCAAAUACAUAAUGCAAAGAUACAUAUGAGAAUACACACUAGCGAGAAACCAUAUUAUUGUAAGCAUUGUUUGUUCAAAUCUGCAUACAAAAAUAGUUUGACAAUCCACAUGAGGUCACACACUGGAGAGAAACCCUACUCAUGUCAGCUUUGCCAACAAAAGUUUGCACGCAAUAGUUCCAUGAGAACCCACAUGAGGACUCACACUGGUGGAAAAUACUCUUGUGACCUUUGCCAUGCGACAUAUUCACAAAAAGCACGUUUAACUUCUCACAUAAAAUGCAUACACAGUAGCGAGUAGAAAUGAAUGCGCACGUUAGUACAGUCUUGCAUCACUGCUUGUUAGAAUGUAACAAGAUAAUGUUGAAAACUAAAACCCGACUGUGAUAGUCUUAAUAAACGCUGAAAUAUUAUCCCAAACAAAAACAUUUCAUGUGAAAAAUAAGGGUCAGUUCCUAUCAAACAGCUUCAGCCAUUAAAAGUACUGAUAUCAAAAAUUAUGGCCAGUUCUUUGCUAGGCUCUGUAAAUGGAACUAUGUAUACAGUUUUAUAAGGUGUAUUAAAUUGAAAUUAUUUUUAUUCAAUUAAACUUUUACAAGUGCUUUUGAAUUGUCACAAUAAUCUACCACUGGUUCGGAAUGCCGUUCCUACUGAAGAAACUCGGCCGUUGCUCUUUUCAAGUCUUAUCUUCUUCGGCCACCUUCAAGCUGCCAUCACAUUCAUAGGCAUCGUGUUAAAAUGUGUUUGAAUAAGAUUAUCAUCACAUGAACUAGAGUUAUGAGGAGGGUGAUACAAUAGCAAAAAAUGUUUGCAGACCCCCCCCCCAUUUU